AUGCCCAGUGUCCGGGAAUGUGCCUCUGGUGGAAACAGAGGACAGCACCGAGGUUUGAUGCAUCAGGACACUCAGAGAGAUGAGCAGUCACCUUCUCCUUACAAAGUCCUCCACACAGGUGAUGCCGAAGCUAAGAAUAUUGUACAAUAUUCAACAUGUGAAAGAGAUCAGCAUGACGCUGCCCUUGCUGAAGCAGGACCAGAGGCCAGAGGCCGUGCCCCACAUGCUGGGGGCCAAGGCACCACGUGCAUGUGUACACACCACCUCACAGGUCAGUCAAAUUUGCCUUUUGGCUCUCUGAGCAACACCUUGGCGGUUGGUAAGAACAAGCACCUUACAAAAGGUGGCAAAAAGGGAGCCAGGAAGAAAGUGGUUGAUCCAUUUUCUAAGGAAGAUUGGUAUGAUGUGAAAGUGCCUGCUAUGUUCAAUAUAAGAAAUAUUGGAAAAACACUAGUCACCAGGACUCAAGGAACCAAAAUUGCAUCUGAUGGCCUCAAAGGUCGUGUGUUUGAAGUGAGCCUUACUAAUCUGCAGAAUGAUGAAGUUGCAUUUAGAAAAUUCAAGCUAAUUACUGAGGAUGUUCAGGGCAAAAACUGCCUGACUAACUUCCGUGGCAUGAAUCUUACUCAUGACAAAAUGUGUUCCAUGGUCAAAAAAUGGCAGACCACGAUUGAAGCGCAUGUUGAUGUCAAGACUACCGAUGAUUAUUUGCUUUGUCUUUUCUGUAUUGGUUUUACUAAAAAGCACAGCAAUCAGAUACGGAAGACUUUUUAUGCUCAGCAACAACAGGUCUGCCAAAUCCGGAAAAAGAUGAUGGAAAUCAUGACCCAUGAGAAAUAGAUCAAUGACUUGAAAGAAGUGUUCUAUAAACUGAUUCCAGACAGCAUUGGAAAAGACACAGAAAAGGCUUGCCAGUCUAUUUAUCCAUUUCAUGAUGUCUUUAUUACAAAAGUAAAAAUGCCAAAGAAGCCCAAGUUUGAAUUGGGAAAACUCAUGGAGCUUCAUGGUGAAGGUAGUAGUUCUGGAAAAGCUACUGGGGAUGAAACAGGUGCUAAAGUUGAACGAGCUGAUGGAUAUGAACCACCAGUCCAAGAAUCUGUUUGAAAUUCAGAUUUUUU